UUUAAUUUACACACUUAGGAGCCGCAUGCGCAUCGUGUAUUUACAGAAUUCAUAUUUCAGCGUUGCCCUACAAACGGUAUACUGAGACGAUUCACUUUGCACCAGCCAGUCUGUUCGACAUCAUCCAAUAGGAUGUACAAUUUAGAAUAUUUGUAUUGAGAUGAGAAAAGUGUUAACAAUUAUAAAUUUAAAUUAUACGCCUUCAAAUAUUUAAAGCUCGCGUGGUUGUAAAGUUUAAAGCUCUCAUAGUGAUUUUGAACGAAGCGCUUAAACUUUGUUUAUAAUUCACGUUCGUAUAAAGUUUGUUCGUAUAAAGUGCUUGUUAACUCUUUCAAAGUGUGAUGUUAAAUACGCGAAUUUUCAGCUGAGUUUUUUCAACUUGAUAAUUUAGUUACCGUCUUCGGUUGCGCCUUUUCGCGAUUUAAGCCAUUUUUUUGGCAAUAGACGUUUGGUAAAAUGGCUAGAGGUUUAAUAGCAAUGUCAUUGCACGGGUUAGUGGUGGCAGGGGGUGUUGCGUUGCUGCUCUGGGCAGCGGGGGUGGACGCGGCUGCAGCUCGAUACGAUACUGCGACUCCGUAUACUCCGCCCGGCGUAAAGUACAAGCACAUUCCUUUGCAUUCCAAUUACAACAGCGCUGCAGACACGCUCGACACAGAAGAUGACUCUGAGGAUGACACGUCGAGUCAAGGGAUGCCAACAUCCGAGUUGAUCCUGACACUAUUCCGUACAGCUCUUGAUGUUGUUCGAAAAAUUAACAAAAAUCGCGCGGCAGCCCUACCUACCACUGGUAGCAACAGUACCGCACUCCAGGUGCGCAGAAAACACAUUGGAAAUGCCACUUCAGAUACAGGGAGAGGGUUUGAGGAUUAUUACGACGAACACCACGACCACGAGACCACGACCACAGCGAAGCCAAUGAAGCAGGGAAGAUACACCGACCCGUGGGCUGGAUACUAUGACUGGAUCAUCAACGAGGGAUCCUUCAAGUUUUGGAGCGUCUUCCAGCUCUUCACUGCAGCAGUGUUACUCUACGCCUGUCUGUCAGCCAUCUACUACGCCAAGUUCAACCCAAUCAUCCCAGACUACAGUUUGGAAUACGACGACUACUUCUUAGAACGUUCGUCAGGCAGGAAAGCUAGAAGCGUAGAUGCAUCAGAGACCCCAUCCGGACUUAGUUGGAUAAAUCCGACAACAUUUCAAUUUGUUUUGGACGCGAUAUCGAAACACUAUGAAGAUUAAUACAAAAAAGUCUUUUGUAAAAUAUCGUACUUAAAUGUAUCAAUAUGAUAUCUAAUUAAUGACGUAAAUUCAUUGAUCUCCUAUUAAAAACUGAAUGCACAAUCAGAGACCAAAAAACGUCCCCAAUCAAUGAGUACCAAACACAACUUCUUGGCACUCAAUUCAAGUAGUCGCAUUUGCAAAUUCAACUUUGAACUUAAUCCUUAAGGUUGAUUUUGCUCUGAAUUUAGAAUUUUAUUGAAUAUUGGACUAUAUUUAAAGGCAUCUAAUUAUAAUUUUCUUUACCAAUGAUUCUAAAACUGUCAAAGCAAAAUAGGCCAGUUUUUAAGUGAAAUUUUCUACAUGAUUGUGCGUCCUUUUAUUAUAAGAGGUCAAUGCGUAAAUCACAAAGU